CAUCAUUGACCGAGUUGAAUUUGAAAUCUACGGCCAUUGAAGAAUUACCUGAAUCCAUUGGUUCUUUGAAGGAGCUCAAGACUUUAGAUGCCUCUUAUUGUAAAUCAUUAGCCCGCAUACCCAACUCAAUAGGCAAUUCAACAUCUCUGUCUUGCCUUGACUUAACAGAAUGCCAUAAACUUGGUCAACUUCCAGACUCUAUAGGCUCCCUCGUGUCUCUACAGCGGUUGUUAUUGUCGGGAUGCCACUCGUUGAGACAAAUCCCAGACUCGAUCGAAAAGUUGACAUCAUUGACUAAGUUGAAUUUGAAAUCUACGGCCAUUGAAGAAUUACCUGAAUCCAUUGGUUCUUUGAAGGAGCUCAAGACUUUAGAUACCUCUUAUUGUAAAUCAUUAGCCCGCAUACCCAAGUCAAUAGGCAAUUUAACAUCUCUGUCUUGCCUUGACUUAACAAAAUGCCAUAAACUUGCUCAACUUCCAGACUCUAUAGGCUCCCUCGUGUCUCUACCGCGGUUGUUAUUGUUAGGAUGCCACUCGUUGAGACAAAUCCCAGAGUCGAUCGAAAAGUUGACAUCAUUAACUGAGCUGCAUUUGAAAUCUACGGCCAUUGAAGAAUUACCUGAAUCUAUUGGUUCUUUGAAGAAGCUCAAGACUCUAGAUGCCUCUUAUUGCGCAUCGCUAGCCCGCAUACCUAACUCAAUAGGCAAUUCAAGAUCCCUGUCUCGCCUUGAUCUAACAGAAUGCCAUAAACUUGCUCAACUUCCAGACUCUAUAGGCUCCCUCAUGUCUCUACAGCGGUUGUUAUUGUCGGGAUGCCACUCGUUGAGACAAAUCCCAGACUCGAUCGGAAAGUUGACAUCAUUGACUGAGCUGCAUUUGAAAUCUACGGCCAUUGAAGAAUUACCUGAAAGCAUUGGGAAUAUGCAAAAGUUAUGGAUGUUGGACAUUAGUGGAACUCCUGUAAUAGAAUUGCUUGAUGACUUGGGAAUAUUGGCAAAACUUCAAGAGUUCAGAGCUUCAGGAUGGAAAAAUCCGGAAGAGUCACCUAGUAAUAAUGGCCAAUUGGUUUCACCAAACAAUCUUGGUUUAGACAAGCUUCAAAAACUAUCAGAAUUGCGCUCUCGCGUAAUAGCUCUAGUUCUCCUAAAGCAUCCCAAGACUCCUACAGCCGACAACUCAGCCAUGGACUACCAAACAACAGAUUUUGAACAUGUUUUGGAGAGAUCAAGACCCUUUGGAAUCUUUGAUGAAGUGAAUAAUUUGCCGGUAAACAUUCUGCCUGUCUCAUACAACUGCUCGAGCCUCGGUCAGAGUUCUUAUUCUUCAAAUGACUUGCCCAGAAAUGUAGUCAUUACCCUAAGUCAAGGUUCACUUGUUAAGAGUAUGGAUUUCCAUCAAGUGAAACAAAUUCUGCUACUUGUGGGAACAAAUACGGGCGAUGUCAUGGUAUGGGAAGUAGGCAAUGGUGUGAGGAAUGCUUUGAGAAAAUUCAAGAUUUGGGAUCUAGGAACAUGUUCAAUGGCGCUACAGGCUUCUUUGGCCAAUGACUAUAGAUCCGUUAACCGUGUGAUGUGGAGUCCUGAUGGAAUCCUUUUUGGUGUUGCUUAUUCCAAACACAUGGUGCACAUAUACUCAUAUCAUGGUGGUGAUGACAUGAGGAAUCACCUUGAGAUUGAGGCUCAUGUUGGAAGUGUUAAUGAUCUUGCCUUUUUAAAUCCAAGCAAACAAUUAUGCUUUGUUACUUGUGGAGAAGACAAGACGAUCAAGGUAUGGGAUGCAGUGACAGGGGCCAAGCUACUUGCUUUCGAGGGUCAUGAAUCACCUGUAUAUUCCAUUUGUCCACACAACAUAGAAAAUAUUCAGUACGUCUUCUCAACAGCGACCGAUGGGAAAAUUAAGGGUUGGCUUUAUGACAACAUGGUGUCAAGAGUUGACUGGGAUGCACCGGGUCACUCUUCUACCGUGAUGGCAUACAACGCUGAUGGAACAAGGUUAUUCUCGUGUGGGACCAAUAAAGAAGGAGAGUCGUACUUGGUUGAAUGGAAUGAAAGUGAAGGGGCUGUCAAGCGUACUUAUCAUGGACUCGGAAAGAGAUCUGGUGGGGUGGUGCAGUUUGAUACCACAAAAAAUAGAUUUUUGGCUGUUGGUGAUGAGUUCACGGUCAAAUUUUGGGAUAUGGACAAUAAUAAUAUUUUGAUAAGUGCUGAUGCUGAUGGUGGAUUGCCGGCUUCACCUUGUAUUAGAUUUAACAAGGAAGGAAAUCUAUUAGCUGUCUCAACAAGUGACAAUAGUAUCAAAAUUUUAGCAAAUGCUGAUGGGAUUAGGCUCUUAAGGAUAGUGGACAAUUGGCCUUUUGAUGCUUCUAGAAUCACUCCGGGACCUCUUAUGAAGGACAGUGAGAGCAUGGCCGAUGUGAAGCCUGGAAUUGCUGAUAACUCAGGAGACAAAUCACGAAAUUGGAAACCAAUAGAAAUCAAUGAACCAUCACAAUGCCGGUCCAUAAGGCUGCCUGAUAACUCUACAGCUAUGAGGGUCCCGAGAUUAAGCUAUACAAACUCGGGUUGUGCCAUUCUGGCGUUAUCAUCGAACGCUGUACACAAGCUCUGGAAAUGGGAAGAAAGUGAUCAAAACUUCACGGGCAGGGCCACAACUAGUGUAGUACCACAGUUAUGGCAACCGCCUGGUGGGAAUUUGAUGACCAGUGAUACAUGUGCAAAUGCUGAAGAUGCAGUUCCGUGCUUUGCACUGUCAAAGAACGAUUCUUUGCUAAUAUCGGCAUCAGGGGGGGAGAUCUCUUUGAUCAAAAUGGAGACUUUUCAGACGAUGGAAAAAUUUACGCCCCCGCCACCACCAACAACAUUUCUAGCGUUCGAUCCCCAAGACGAUGACUUUAUUGCAAUAGGAAUGAAGGACUCCUCUAUUCAAAUUUACGAUAUUGCAUUUGAUGUGUGUGAGGCAAAUCUAGAAGGACAUCAGAAAAGAAUUACAGGUCUUGCCUUCUCUAAUGUCUUAAAUGUCCUCGUGUCUUCUGGUGCUGACUCUCAGUUGUGUGUUUGGAACACUGGUGGAUGGACGAAGCAGACUAGUAAGUUUCUGCAGAUGCCGAAUGGGCGAGGAGCAGCGCCUCUUGCUGAUACUCGUGUUCAAUUUCAUGUGGAUCAAAUACAUCUGCUGGUUGUUCAUCAAACACAGAUCGCCACAUGUGAAGCUCCUAAACUAGAACGCCUCAAGCAGUGGGACACUCGAAGAGCUAGCGCUCCAAUCACAGAUGCUACAUAUUCAUGCAAUGGCCAAUCAAUAUAUGUGAGCUUUGAAGACGGGAGCAUUAGUGUUCUUUCUGCUUCUACACUCAUAUUGAUAUGUUGUAUUAAUCCUGCCGCUUAUAUCCUUCCAAAACCUAGCUUGAGAGUCUAUCCGCUAGUCAUCGCAGCCCAUCCAUCGGAACCUAACCAGUUUGCGCUAGGGCUUACUAAUGGCAGCGUCUAUGUGCUUGAGCCAUUGGAAUCUGAAGGCGGGUGGGGUAGUUCUCCUCCUGUUGAAAAUGGUGCUGGGCCUAGCACGACCUUUGGCGCAACCGAUUCAGAUCAACCCCAAAGGUAGUGCAGGCCAUGUCUUUCCUUGUGAAACUUUUGAACAUUACAAUGCUAAGUCGGCUUUCCUCCGCCGUACUUGAUUCAAGUUUUGAGGGGAUGCUGAUGAGGGUAGAUUUUACUGCGUUGGGGUACUUCCUUGGGACAUAGUUCAGUAUAGUUUGUCCUAAUCGACUUCUGCUCAAGUCUUGUGGUGAUAACUUGUUUUGUUAUAUUCAUUUAGGCUGACUGGAAGUGAAAAAAAGAAAAACAUGAGGUUAGAGUGUUGUUUUGAAUACAACAAAUUGGAGGUAGAGAGGAUACCUCACUUCCUACACAACUAGAAACCUAAGGACUUGAUUACACUA